AUGGGCUCUGCCUACUAUGCUGGUGCUGUGGUUGGUAUGGGCUCAAAUUGGUACCUUCCAAACAAAUUCGGACGAGUACGCACCAUUCAGAUUGGUUGUCUAGUCUCGUUGCUUGGUGCUUCACUGCAAACUGGCGCACAAAACUAUGCCACCUUUGUGACCGGUCGCGUUAUUGGUGGCUUCGCCUCAGGCCUGAUUUUCGUCGUCUGCCCGGCCUAUGCUUCUGAGAUCGCCCCUCCUCGGAUCAGAGGAAGAGUCGGUGGAUUCUAUUCGGGAUUGGGAUUCUAUUUCAUCAAGGGUGACGUCUCGUGGCGUCUCUUACUCGGAUGCCAGCUCAUCCCGGGGUCUCUAAUGUUUGCGUGCUCAUUCUGGAUGCCUGAAUCGCCUCGAUUUCUAGCCUACGUCGACCGCAAUGACGAGGCACUUGCCAUUCUCAAAAGACUGCACGGAACCGCACACGAGGAAGGGGAUGAUUUCUACAAGCGUGAAUACCACCAGAUCAAGGCCCAGAUCGAGUUGGACAGAGAAGAGCGCCUCGGGGUCAAGGCGAUCUGGGCUAAGCCGUCCUAUCGGAAGCGGUUCUUACUCGUGGUUGGAUAUGCCUUUGCAUGCAUGCUCUCGGGGGUCAUUGUGAUCCAGAACUAUCAGGUCAUUCUUUAUACGAACGUGGGCUUCACCGCUGUCAUGUCCCUCAUCCUUACUGGAGUCUGGGGUACUGUUGGAACAAUUUCAGCAACCUACUCGGCGUUUUGCUUCGACAGAAUGGGUCGGCGACCAACAAUGAUUUUCUCAUAUGUCCUCAUCAUUCUCGGAACCCUCAUCACGUGCAUUACAUGGGCAAUCUAUGAGAAGAACGGGAGCACAGACCGAUCACUCGCAAAUGGCAUCAUUGUCGCUAUGUUCCUUGUCUGCGUUGGAUAUAGUGGGCCCGCGAACGCUUUUCUGGCUACUUACCCUGCGGAAAUCAUGCCGACUUCGAUCCGUCCAGUGGGUGUUGCCGUGUCAUAUAUGACACAGCACAUCCUGAUCAUUAUCCUGGUUCAAUUCACUCCUCAGGCGAUAGAGACGAUCUCAUGGAAGUUCUUCCUCAUCUUCGUAUGCUCGUCGUUCCUCUACUUCAUUGUAUUCCUCGUCUUCUACCCGGAAACACGGUACAAGACACUCGAGGAAAUUGAGGCUAUUUUUGGAGAUAAAGUUGCUGAGACCCUUGAUGAAGCAGGCCAGCACGAUGGUAAAAUCAUCCAGGAAUCUGGCCAGGAUGAGAAAACGCGCAGCAACCAGCACAUCGACUCUGUCCCCAUCGACACCCAUACCAAUACCCAGUCGAACCCCUGA